UUCAAGCUGAACGGACUGUAACGGUCAAUCCCGAGUUGUUUCUGGUCUGCAUCAGCACCCCCAAAGCGCAUCAAAACCCCAAAUACUGUGUUACUUUCCCUGGCCCGUUGGUUUGGGCUUUCGUAUGAAACAAUAGUGGAGUGUCAAGUGAUUAUUGGAAUAGGGCUUUGAUGACGAACAGGAAAAUGAGUGAAGUCUCCAGGAAGAAGGAUAAAAAUCAACACAUACAGGUUUUCGUGAGAGUGAGGCCGGCGAAUAAGGAUGAGAUCCACGGCAAGUCGUCGACUGUCGUGGACGUGGCGUCCUCGAAGGACGUGGUGGUGCGAGAGAGGCCACAGGACAGCAAGUUGACGAAGAAAUUCAGUUUCGACAGGGUCUUUGGCCCCAGCUCAAAGCAGGUGGAUGUUUAUAAUGCUGUUGUCAGUCCGUUGUUGGACGAGGUCCUGGCGGGAUACAACUGCACUGUAUUCGCUUAUGGACAGACUGGCACGGGGAAGACGUUCACGAUGGAGGGGGUCUGCAAUGACCCCACGGUCCAUUGGCAGAGUGAUACAGCAGCUGGGAUCAUCCCACGCUCCCUGAACCACCUCUUUGACGAGCUCCGGACCCUCGAAGCGCAGGAGUACACUGUUAAAGUCAGCUUCCUCGAGCUCUACAACGAAGAACUCUUCGAUCUACUCUCCUCCAACGACGAUGCCUCCAAAAUCAGGAUCUACGAGGACACGACAAAGAAGGGGGCAGUGAUAAUCCACGGCCUGGAGGAGGUGACGGUCCACAACAAGAACGAGGUCUACAAGAUCCUGGAGAAGGGCUCGGAGAAGCGUCAGACAGCGGCAACGCUGAUGAACGCCCACUCCUCGCGUUCGCACACAGUCUUCUCGAUAACAAUUCACAUAAAGGAGAACACAGUGGAGGGUGAGGAGCUCCUGAAGACGGGCAAGCUGAACCUGGUGGACCUGGCAGGUUCGGAGAACGUGGGUCGUUCAGGGGCAGUGGACCGUCGAGCGCGCGAGGCUGGCAACAUCAACCAGUCCCUGCUGACCCUGGGACGAGUGAUCACAGCGCUGGUGGAGCGAGCCCCCCACAUUCCCUACCGCGAGUCCAAGCUGACUCGUCUCCUCCAGGAGUCCCUGGGGGGUAGAACCAAGACCUCGAUAAUAGCCACAGUGUCGCCAGCAGCCCUGAACCUGGAGGAGACCCUCUCCACCCUGGACUACGCCCACAGGGCGAAGAACAUAACGAACAGGCCUGAGAUCAAUCAGAAGCUCUCGAAAAAGGCUCUGCUGAAGGAGUACACGGAGGAGAUUGAACGACUCAGGAGGGAUCUCCAGGCCACGAGGGAUCGCAAUGGGGUGUACCUGGCCCACGACAACUACAACGAGCUCCAGGGGACCAUCGAGUUCCAGGGGAAGGAGAUCGAGGAGAAGAUCAAUCACAUCAAGGCCCUGGAGGAGACGAUGCUGAGCAAGGAGAAGAUCUUGGAGGAGCUCAAGAUGUCGCUGGAGAAGUCCCAGAAGCAGAUAAAGAUCACUGAACAGGAGAGGAAUGAGCAGAAGCAUCUGGUGGAGAAGCACGUCGUCACCGAGAGGAAACUUCACAGUCAGGCCAGCCAUUUGCUGAAUGUCGUGGAGACGGUGACACGAGACACUAUGAAGCUGCAUGAGAAGAUCGAGAGGAAGAACAGGGUGGAGAGGGAGAACGAACACCUGGGGGAGAGGUUCAGGGAGAAUAUCGAGAGGCAGUUUGAUGAGGCUAGUGAACAGUUGGCUAAUUACACACAGGAGUUGAUUCAGUUCUCCUUGUCUGCUAAGGAUGAGGUCAAUGCGCUCACUGCAACCAACUCUAAGGAGAUCCAGAACUCCAUUAAACUGAUAUCGGGGGAACUGCUGAAAGGGGAACAGGGGAUGAUCGCGAAACUCGAGAGUGGGAUUAGGUCGAAUCAUGAGGAUUAUCAGGUGUGGAUGGAGGAGGUCGCCCAGGACACCUCCAAGUUUUCGGUGGGGGAGAUUGAACUUCAGAAGAAGAUGCUCUCGGUGGUUUCGGGGAGGAUUGAGGAACUCGUGAGGACGAAGGUGGCUGACAACCUGAGGAAGAUCAACGAGGAGAACCGCAGGAAGUUCGAGGAGUUGAACGAGUUCAUGAGGAGGACGAUUGCAACAGUGUGCGAGCGACUCCUGGAGGACAGAAACCGAUUGAACGACAAGAUCACCAUAUAUACCGACAGAAUAAACGAGACAAUCUCAGCGCAGGAGAGUCUCUCGCGUAAAAAAGACAAGUUCUUCAAGCUCUUCAAGGAUUGUUUCACCGAGUACGAGAGGAUCCACGAGGAGGAGGUGAUGGUGAGCGACACGACGAUGACAGUCUCCGAGGAGGGGCUGGAGUUCUGUAAAAAUAUUGGUGAUCACAUGGAGAAUAACUUGAAGAGCCAGAGGGAGAUCGAGGGAAUAGUCAAUGGAGAAUUUUCCAAAACUCUCCUAGGGAUGAGGGACGACUUGUCUGGUGAUCUGGAGGUCAACUGGAAGAUCUCGGAGGGCUCUGUGCUCCAGGGUGAACGUCUCUGUGGAGAUCUGCAGAGGAAUGCUGAGGAGAACUGCGAGAAGCUGAAGCAGUUCAGCGAGGGAGUGGCCUCGAGAGCAGCUGGAAUUAAGGAGAGAAUGAUGUCUGACAGGUCUGAGGUACUUUCCUCGGUCCAGGAGGUCCACAAGCUCGUGUCUGACGUCAGUGUCAAUCACGAGGAGCUCAUGGAGGACCACAGGAGGAAGAUCGAGGCGACAGCUGGGGAGAUCUGCAAGAAGUUUGAGAAUCAGAGUGUCCAGUCGAGUGAAUGGAACAGCAGAAUCUCCUCGUACCUGAGGACGACGCAGCACCAGGUCGACAAGUUCAUCGUAGAGGACAUGAGGAAGGACGUGCCCAGUGGCUCGACCCCAGCCAAGAGGGAGUUCAGUUAUCCCAAGCAGCUCGUCAUGACUUCUCCCCACGAGAGGAUUAUCCAGAGGUUCAGGGAGAUGAAGGAUCAGCACGAGACCUCUCAGGAGGUGGAUAACACACUUCUCGAGGAGGAUGAGACCCUGAAGGGGUCUCCUGCCACCUCUCAGGGGAACGACUCGUUCGCGUCGUUCUCAACACCCUCAGACUCUUCAAUUUGUGAUUCUGAUAAGUUAAAUGGGCUCAUCAAGUCUGCCUCCACUUCUGAUCUGGCCUCGGUUGCCAAGAAUCUGACGAAGGACCUGAUGAUGAGGUCCUCGUCUGAUGUCACUUGUAAGAGGGAGAAUAAGGAGAAUGGCAUCGAUGGGUUCCUGAAGCCUGGGGAUUUCAAGAAUGGGAGGGCAUCGAAACUCAAGAAUCCCACGAGGAGAAUCCUCUCUUCUUAUAAUGAAUAGAGAAUUCAUGGCAGAUGGGGUGAUUAUCUCUGUAUUUUUAUUCUCAAUUUUUUUUCAAUGGAGGUGCAUUUAACACUUCAUGGAUAUUUUUCAUUGAAUGAGGCAAUUUUUAGCGACUGUAUGUGGUGAAUUGACGUUUAAUUUCUCUUUAUACUAUUAAAACACAUAUUAAUUAUCUUUUGUGGUUUUUUAUUUUGUCACUUUAUCGUUUUGUCUCCUCUUUCGGGGGAAAAUUGAAAUUUUCAGGGGUGGAGUGAGGGCUGAUACCUCUUUGAUGUGCCGUACCAGUAGUCUGCAAUGCUUGGAUAUUUUUUUAUAUAAAUAUAUAUAGUUUUUUUCUUAAAGAAUAUUAGAGAUACUUUGUAAUUAGGGAAUUGCUAAGAGCUAGAUUUAAGGAUGAAAUAUACAUUUAUCGUCAGCACUCGGAUGCAUUUAUCUAUAAAUAUAUGAAUAAAGUGAUGAAAAAUAA